AUGGUGUUUAUUACUGGUGGUCUAAAUCUGUACAUUAGCAAGCUGGUUUCGUUUGACAUGGGGAAAGAGGAGUUCAAAGAGUUUCAAGGGCCACCUGAUCUUCACCAAGACUCAGACUGCGAGAUUCGUACGUUGUACAAUGGCUCUAUUGCUCUGAUUUAUUCUCAUUCACGAGUGCCACUAGAUGCCUGGGAAUCAGCUGAGCAGUCAUCACUUGCUGUGUGGGUACUGAUGGAGGAGGAGGGAUGUUGGAUCAAGCAAUUGAGUAUCGGACUUCAUGGAAUGAUGAUACCAGCUGGGUUGUGGAAGAAUGAUGAGCUCUUUCUUGAAACUACAACUGGCCACCUGGUCUUGUAUGAUCCUAAUACCCAACUUAUUCUUAAGGAUCUCCAAAUCUUAGCCCAUAGUUCUCGUUGCCUUGACGUCCAUAUCUACACCGAAAGCCUUGUUUCAGUCCACAGGAAAGGUGACCCAGGAGAACAUAAAAAUCCAUCGGGUACCGAUUGA